AUGUUUGUUGUGUACACUCGAUUGACAAUGUCGGCUUUACAAGCUUUCUCCUCCUUUCAACGCCUUUGUGCUUGAUUUGUCUGGCUUUACUGGCCAAGGAAAUGACUAACUAUGCUAGGCCAGAUUAGGCUAGGUCCAUGCCUGGCCUUUUUGUGGACUUAUAUUUACUAUAUGACCGUUGGUGGAGCCUUGGGAAGAGGACCUGCUCCCUAUAGUUUUUACGGUGGCCCACCACAAGAAACAUCCAAAUACCUUUACCAGUUUGAGUUCAAUCGACUUUUACUGGACAGCAUACCAAAACCGUAUCAAAUAGUCUAUCCACAACAACUGCGUCACAACAAUGUGGUUAGCAUUAACACACGCCAGCACCGAGUCAGGCAUCAUGGGACUUAUGACCACCACAAAUGUGUUACCAUUCAGUUGGAACUAUUUGAAAAGAAAUACAAAAUUCGACUGGACCUUAACAAGGAACUGCUGUCAAAGGAUAUUGUUGUCAAACAAUACAUGAACAAGAAUCAACAAAUCAUUUUAAGAAAUGUCGAGCACUGUUAUUACCAUGGCAAGGUCAAACGAGAUGAAUGGUCAAGUGUUGCAGUCAGCACAUGUAAUGGGAUCAGGGGUGUCAUACAGCUGCGCAAUGAAACCUAUGUCAUCCAUCCUCUUCAAGGUGGUGAUGAGGAGCUCAAUCACCCUCAUGUUGUAUUUCAAGCAACUCACUCAGAGGAGGAACGCUGUGGAAAUACACGAAGCCACUGGUUGCCUUACAAUGAACUCCAUCGAGGGGAAUUUGCCCGCCGACUGAAGAACUUACGAACCCAGCAGAACUCCCGUGGAGAUAUUAAUGUUGAAGUGAAGUUGGCUCUUAUUUUUGACUCAUCAGUUUACAAGCCCCUUAACCUUACCAGACCUGAUAUGCUGCGCUAUGCCCUAGGAACAACUAAUAUCCUUGAUGCAUAUUACAAAGAAGUGUCUGUACGGUUAUCUUUGGUGUACAUGGAACUGUGGAACAGUGAGAACCAGAUUGAGGUUAGUUCUAAUGUCAGGGAAACUUUGACGAACCUCCUGGAAUUCAAAAGGAAUAACAUGCCACAGGUUCUCAACAACACCCUGGUACAUCUCGUCACGAGUCAGGAACUGGACCACAAGGUAUCUGGGAUGUCCAUUCCAGACUCUCUCUGCACAGAUAGAGCAGUUGGUGUCUCCAGGAGUGACCGCCCAUUUGAACCUCAGCAAGCUGCUUCUGUUCUGGCUCACAUGAUUGGACACAACUUAGGCAUAAAACAUGAUGAAGACAAUAAAUGGAGAGAACUGUACCAUGAAGGUGGCUGUUCUUGUAAAGAUCAGUUUGGAUGUUUGAUGUCCACAACAGUUCUACGCUCAACUGCUCUUCACUCUCGAUUAUUUUCUGACUGCAGUCGAAAAGAUCUGGACACAGGGCUCAGCAUGGGGAUGGCAUCUUGUAUGAUUCACCCACAAAAGAGUAUAUUUGUGGAGACUUGUGGAAAUAAUCGAGUAGAACGAGGUGAAGAAUGUGACUGUGGUACUCCAGAGGAAUGUGCACUCACUGACCCAUGCUGUGAUCCAUCGACCUGUUUGCUGCAUACAUGGGCAUCAUGCAACAGUGGAGAAUGCUGCUCAAACUGCACUGUGUUGCCAAGAAACUAUGUAUGCCGUGCUAGUGUCACAGAAUGUGAUGUUCCAGAAUACUGCACUGGAGAGACAGGAGUUUGUCCUGCUGACAACAGCCUCCGAGAUGGUGAACCAUGUGCUAAUAACACUGGCUAUUGCUACAAAGGAAAAUGUCCAACAAAGGAGAAACAGUGUCAAGCAAUAUGGGGACAAAAUGCUACUGGGGGUGAUUAUCGAUGUUUUGACCAGUUCAAUCCAACCGGCAACUUUAAUGGACACUGUGGCAGAGACAGUCUCACAGGACGUUUUGCUAAGUGUGAACCAGAGAAUGUCCAAUGUGGUUUGCUGCAUUGUGCCGGAGGUUAUCAACGCCCUGUACAUAAACCAAAGAAAGCUUUCGCCCAGACAACUGUCGUCUCAGAUAAUAUGCAGUUUGAAUGCAAGAUAAUGCAUGGGCCUACUAGUUUGGACCUUCCAAAUAGGGGUCUUGUUCAAGAUGGUGCAAAAUGUGGGGAAGGCCGUAUCUGUCUGAAUAAACUAUGCACUUCUUUCUCAGAACUCAAGAGUGUCCCUUGCCCUGGGGAAGACAUAGGUCAACCUUGUUCAGGAAAUGGGGUAUGCACCACAUUCUCAACUUGUUUCUGUGAUGCUGGUUGGGGAGGGGAACUAUGUGAUGAGGUGGUCAACAAAACCACUUUCUUGCAAAUCAGUGCAACAACUGUGUCCCAAAAUUCCUCUUUUCAAUCAAAUCUACCCACUACACCUGCUUCAGCUAUGUCUACAGUAACAGGACCACUCCAAGCUGUAAUUAAAGCCGAAUCAGCGGAAUUUAACACAGUCUGGCUGAUCAUCAUCCUGAUCUCCGUGGUUGGAGGGCUUGUUUUUCUCAUGGCCAUCACUAUGUUCUGUUAUCGACGAAGAAGUCCUCAAAAGUUGCCAACUACCGGUAAGAUGGGGUUCCUGGCCAAUCACAGUGGGAAAAAAUCCAACCUUUCAGGACCAAGUGUUGGUCCGAAACAGUCAAGAAUUAUCAGUUUUGGGUCUCUGCCAUCUUACAGGGCUGAGAAACUCUUUGGUAAGAAAAAGAAGAAACGCACAUCCAGUGAAGAGGAAAGUGACAUCGGUGAGUUACCCCCGCCACCGAUCAUUAUCAUGUCCCCUGAGAGUGCUAAGCCACCUGAGAGGGGCAUUCUAAAGCACUCCCGUCGCCUAGACAGCCGGCACCCACCUACAGACUACAGCACCUACGUCCGUACAACUGGUUACACUUGCGGAGAAGAUGACGCCGAUGAUGUGGAAGGGCGGGAGGUGCAGGAGAUCUUGGGUGAAGACGAGGAAUCCCAAGUUGCUGCCCAGCAUCAUCACCACCACCACCACCACCACAACAGCAAAGAGGCGGUUGGUUCCGACCCUUCCAGUCGCCUGCUCGACCUUGCCAGCUUCCGUUUGAACCUUCCCCCACCGCCGAGCGAGCCGCCUGAUAACAGUCCCCUCUCACCAUUCUCACACUGGCAGGUCCAUGACCCUUACCGCUACAAGACCAGUAGCUUAAACAGCCGUGGUUCACCUCGUUCAAAGAUCAUACGCAUAAAAAAUAUUGAUGAACUGAUGCGUGAAAUUGACCGCCAAACCAUUGAUUUGUCCCCGUCUCCUGAGACUCCUCACCUACCGCUCAUCUCGCCGGUCAACUCCAUCAUCAGUAGCGAGAAUAGUUCUGGUAGUCAUUGCCAAAACCAUGACAUGUCAUGUUUGUUGAACAAUCUGAAACUAAAGGACAUGUCAAAGGGUUUCACAGAGCAGUCCAUCCAGGUGGACAGUGAGUGUGACUGUUCCCUAUUGAAGGACAGUGUCUCCAAUGAAUCGGAACUCUGUGACAUCCUACCAAUGAGCCCCACCAAAAUAAACAGCAUUCUGCAUUACACACACUCAGUGCCGGUCGCUGAUGGUGACUUUUCAUCGACCUGUGGCACCGUCAACUCCCGCGGCUUUGAUAAAAGCUCCGGCUACGAGAGCGAGCGUGAUGGGGAGCGUUCUAGUAUUGAGGACGGCCCACGAUCACGGUCGAGAUCCCACUCUCGUUCUCAGUCCGGAUCACCUCCUUGCUAUAGUUCUGUCAUACGAACAGGUCCAAAUCAGAUUCGGCUGGUUCCAGCCAAUCAGAACCAGAAACCUAUGGAUGACACAAGCAUUGGAGGUAUCAGCAGCUGUGGCGGAGCAGGUGAAGAGCAACUGCAGAAAAUCCUUGAUGGGUUGCCACGAAUUGAGGCCAGCACUUAUGAACGCAGCCCCAUCUGCACAGGAUGUAGCAUACCUGGCAGCUUGUCACCGGCAGGGAGCGGAUCCAUACCAAGCCCACGGCCUUUAGGCAAGAAGUGUGAGGACAGCUGCGGCCCCUGCAUCGAUCGCAGUUUGGAAGAGAUCUCACAGAACUUCAACAGUGAAAGCCCUAAACUGACACCACCAAACAGCAAAGUGAAACCAAAGCUGAACACAUCCCUCAGCUUCCGAAAUCGUCGACCAGUUAGCCUGGGCGUAAUGCAACGGACAUUGCAAGCAACGGCAAACUACCAGCAAGCUAUGGAGCGCAGUAGGGAAGCUAUGGUUGCUGCUGACUCAGGUAGUGCACGCCCAUAUCCCUCUAUGGAGGAAAAAGCUUAAACAAUAAUAUUUACACUUGGUAAUAAUAAUAAUAGAGUUACUUAUAGGCACAAGAAAUAAGAUUGAACAGAAACAUAAAAACCAGGACAAGUACACACACACACACACACACAGAGCUUAGAAAAAUUGAAGCAAUCAAUAGUUAGACGUACACUGAACACACAUACACGCAUACCUUAA